AUGAUGCCAGCGUCUGCACCCCUGGUGGCGGCCAUGGGAUCUCCAACGGCACCGCGCGAAGUGGGGACCUCCCCUGGCAUGGCCACGUCAGAGGCUGCUGCCGCAGCCGCCGGGAUGACAGCGAAUUCCUGUGGACCCGAAGACUCAUCCGUUUUCAGUGCAAAUCCCGUCAUGGCGGGCGAAUGCCGUAGACUGUUUCCUUCUCUUGAGUUCGUGUUGGCAAAUGACGGGAGCUUCACCGACUGGCUGAAAAGCAUGGAAGUCUACCACUUGGUUGAGCACGCGUUGGACAAGAACCAGGAUUGCCGGGACUUCAACAGCAAAAGAAUUGAGGGUCUCCUUCUUUUGAAGGUUAGAAGCUGGUGGCGUCUGGAUCACCAGCAGACUGCCCGCCAGGAGCUGCAGAUGCCUUAG